UGUUCAUUGAGAAGGAGGAUUCAAACUUCCGGUUCUGUCAUGGGGAUAUUGUGGUGUGUCUGAUAAAAGAAAGAAAAAAUAACCCCAUCAACAUCGGAAUUUGAGGAUUAACUGGUUGAAAAUAGCAAAGGAAUCAUUAUUUAUACGGAUAAUUCAAGUGGCCCAUCGCGGCUCGCACCCGGCCGGCCAUGGCGGCGCAUAAACCCGUGGAAUGGGUUCAGGCCGUAAUUAGUAGAUUCGACGAGCAGCUUCCAGUCAAAGUGGGCCAACAGAACACUCACACCAAAGUCAGCACAGAGCACAACAAGGACUGUCUGAUACACAUCUCCAAGUACAAGUUCUCACUGGUCAUCAGUGGCCUCACGAACAUCCUGAAGAAUGUGAACAACAUGCGAAUAUUUGGGGAGGCUGCGGAGAAGAACCUGUAUCUCUCUCAGCUCAUCAUCCUGGACACACUGGAGAAGUGCCUUGCUGGGCAACCGAAGGACUGCAUGCGUCUGGAUGAGACUAUGCUGGUGAAACAGCUGCUGCCAGAGAUCUGUCAUUUCAUCCACACGUACCGCGAGGGCCACCAGCAUGCCGCCGAGCUACGUAGCUCCGCCUCCGGGGUCCUCUUCUCCCUCAGCUGCAACAACUUCAAUGCCGUGUUCAGCCGCAUCUCCACCAGGUUGCAGGAGCUCACUUUGUGUUCGGAGGACACAGUGGAUGUCCAUGACAUCGAGCUCAUCCAGUACAUUAAUGUGGACUGUGCCAAGUUAAAGAAACUGCUACAAGAGACAGUGUUUAAAUUCAAAGCCCUCAAGAAGCCUGCCCAGCUAAGUGUCAUCAACAGCUUAGAGAAGGCCUUCUGGAACUGGGUGGAGAACUACCCUGAUGAGUUCACCAUGCUGUACCAGAGGCCACAGACGGACAUGGCUGACUGUGCAGAGAAGCUGUUUGACCUGGUGGACAGUUUUGCUGAGAGUGCCAAGAGGAAGGCAGCCGUGUGGCCACUGCAGAUAAUCCUCCUCAUCCUCUGUCCCGACAUCACACAGGACAUCUCCAGAGAGACUGUAGAGGACACCAAGGUCAACAAGAAACUGUUCCUGGAGAACCUGAGGAAGGCCCUGGCUGGCCACGGGGGCAGUAAACAGCUGACUGAGAGUGCUGCUAUCGCCUGUGUCAAACUCUGCAAGGCCUCCACCUACAUCAACUGGGAGGACCACUCUGUCAUCUUCCUCCUGGUGCAGUCCAUCGUAGUGGACCUUAAGGCCCUGCUCUUCAACCCAGCCAAGCCUUUCUCCAGAGGGGCGGGAAGCCAGAACGCAGACGUGGACCUCAUGAUCGACUGCUUUGUCUCUUGUUUCCGCAUCAAUCCCCACAAUAACCAGCAUUUUAAGGUCUGCCUGGCGUCAUCCUCCCCUCCCACCUUCCACUUCGUCCUGGUCAACUCCCUACACAGAAUCAUCACCAAUUCUCCAUUGGACUGGUGGCCUAAGAUUGAUGCGGUGUACUGCUACUCAGGAGAGCUGAGGAUCAUGGUUUCUGAGACGCUGGGCCACGUGAUGAGGGGCUGCAGUACGCACGCUCCCCUCCGCAUGACUCCGAGUCUGACCUUCAAGGAGAAGAUGACCAGUCUGAAGUUCAAGGAGAAGACCACAGACCUGGACACGCGUAGCCACAAGUACCUUCUGCUGGCUCUCGUCAAGCUCAUCCAUGCUGACCCCAAACUCAUGCUACAUAACCCGGGUAAGCAGGGUCAGGAGAUCCAGAGCAGUACAGCAGAGCUGAUCACCGGCUUGGUGCAGCUGGUGCCUCUGGCCAACAUGGGAGAGUGUUCACAGGAGGCCAUGGAGGCCCUCUUGGUCCUGCAUCAACCUGAGGCCAUAGAGCUGUGGAACCCAGAUGCUCCCAUUGAAACCUUCUGGGACAUCAGUUCCCAGGUGCUCUUCUUCAUCUGUAAGAAGCUGGUUGGCCACCAGAUGAUCAACAGUACAGAGAUCCUUAAGUGGCUGAGGGAGAUCCUCAUCUGCAGGAACAAGUUCCUCCUCAGGAACAAGGAGCGGGCCACGGUGGGCAGCGGCAUCCCCAUCUGUAGACAGGCCCAGACCAAACUGGAGGUGUGUCUCUACAUGUUCCUGUGGAGCCCUGACAUGGAGGCCGUUCUGGUGGCCAUGUCCUGCUUCAGACACCUGUGUGAGGAGGCUGAGGUCCGCUGUGGAGUGGACGAGGUCCCUGUCCAGACCAUCCUGCCCAACUACAACACCUUCAUCGAGUUUGCCUCCGUCAGCAACAUGAUGUCCACAGGCCGGUUAGCCCUGCAGAAGAGAGUGAUGGCUCUGUUGAGGAGGAUCGAGCAUCCUACUGCAGGAAACACAGAAGCAUGGGAAGACACGCAUGCAAAAUGGGAGCAGGCGACCAAAUUAAUCCUCACUCAUCCCAAAACUAAGCUAGAGGAUGGCCAGGAGUGGAUCAACAUGACGGGUUUCCUGUGUGCUCUGGGAGGUGUGUGUCUGCAGCAGCGCAGCGCCCCAGGCCUGGCCACCUACAGCCCCCCCAUGGGGCCUCUCAGUGAGAGGAAGGGCUCCAUGAUCUCCAUGGGCUCCUGUGAGGGGAACACGGAGACGCCCCUGGGCCGCUUCCUGGACCGCCUGCUGUCCCUCAUGGUUUGCAGCCAUGAAAAGGGUGUUCAGAUCCGGACCAAUGUUAAGGAUCUGGUGGGCCUGGAGCUCAGCCCAGCUCUUUACCCCAUGCUCUUCAACAAACUGAAGAACAGCAUUAGCCGCUUUUUCGACGCACAGGGGCCGGUUCCCAUCAAUGACACUAACACCCAGUUUGUGGAGCAGACCAUUGCCAUCAUGAAGAACCUACUGGACAACCACACUGAGGGCAGCUCAGAGCACCUGGGACAGGCCAGCAUAGAGACCAUGAUGCUCAACCUGGUCAGGUACGUGCGUAUCCUGGGCAACAUGGUCCAUGCCAUCCAGAUGAAGACCAAGCUGUGUCAGCUGGUGGAGGUGAUGAUGGAGAGACGAGACGACCUGUCCUUCUGCCAGGAGAUGAAGUUCAGGAAUAAGAUGGUGGAGUACUUAACAGACUGGGUUAUGGGCACCUCAAACCAGGCGGCUGAUGAUGAUGUCAAGUGUCUUACCAGGGACCUGGACCAGGCCAGUAUGGAGGCGGUGGUGUCUCUGCUAGCUGGCCUGCCCCUGCAGCCUGAGGAGGGAGACGGAGUGGAACUGAUGGAGGCCAAGUCCCAGCUCUUCCUCAAGUACUUCACCCUGUUCAUGAACCUGCUGAAUGACUGCAGUGAGGUGGAGGAUGAUGGGCAGCAGGUGGCAGGGAGGAAGAGGGGUAUGUCUCGACGUCUGGCCUCCCUCAGACACUGCACCGUACUGGCCAUGUCCAACCUUCUCAACGCCAACGUGGACAGUGGCCUCAUGCACUCAAUUGGUCUGGGCUACCAUAAGGACCUGCAGACGCGGGCCACCUUCAUGGAGGUGCUGACUAAGAUCCUGCAGCAGGGGACAGAGUUUGACACACUGGCAGAGACGGUGCUUGCUGACCGGUUUGAGAGGCUGGUGGAGCUGGUCACCAUGAUGGGAGACCAGGGAGAGCUGCCUAUUGCCAUGGCUCUGGCCAACGUAGUGCCCUGCUCCCAAUGGGAUGAGCUGGCGCGGGUGCUGGUGACUCUGUUUGACUCACGCCACCUCCUCUACCAGCUGCUGUGGAACAUGUUCUCCAAGGAGGUGGAGCUUGCUGACUCCAUGCAGACACUUUUCAGAGGAAACAGUCUGGCCAGUAAAAUCAUGACCUUCUGCUUUAAGGUGUAUGGGGCCACAUACCUGCAGAAGCUUCUAGAGCCUCUUCUCAGAGGGGUCAUCACCGCCCCAGAGUGGCAGCUCAUCAGCUUCGAGGUGGACCCCACCAGGCUGGAGCAGAGUGAGAUCCUGGAGGAGAACCAGAGGAACCUGCUGCAGAUCACCAACCGCUUCUUCCUGGCCAUCAUCAACUCCUCCACAGAGUUCCCCCCUCAGCUGCGCAGUGUCUGUCACUGCCUGUUCCAGGCAACUUGCCACUCUCUACUGAAUAAAGCCACAGUUAAAGAGAAAAAGGAAAGCAAAAAAGCAGUGGUCAGCCAGCGUUUCCCCCAGAACAGCAUAGGGGCGGUGGGCAGUGCCAUGUUCCUCCGUUUCAUCAACCCUGCCAUAGUGUCUCCCUAUGAGGCAGGCAUCCUGGAUAAGAAACCUCCUCCCAGGAUCGAGAGGGGCCUUAAGCUCAUGUCCAAGAUCCAGCAGAGCAUUGCCAACCAUGUUGUAUUCACCAAAGAGGAGCACAUGAGGCCUUUUAAUGACUUUGUCAAAAGCAACUUUGAUGCAGCUAGAAGGUUUUUCCUGGACAUCGCAUCAGACUGUCCUGCCAGUGACUCAGUCAACCACAGCCUGUCCUUCAUCAGUGAUGGCAACGUUCUGGCCCUGCACCGGCUGCUGUGGAACAACCAGGAAAAGAUAGGACAGUACCUCUCUAGCAACAGGGAUCAUAAAGCAGUGGGAAGACGUCCUUUUGACAAGAUGGCCACCCUCCUGGCCUACCUGGGGCCCCCAGAGCACAAACCUGUGGCUGACACCCACUGGUCCAGCCUCAACCUCACCAGCUCCAAGUUCGAGGAGUUUAUGACAAGACACCAGGUACAUGAGAAAGAUGAGUUCAAAGCCCUGAAGACCCUCAACAUCUUCUACCAGGCUGGCACCUCCAAGAACGGCAACCCUGUCUUCUACUACAUCACACGCAGAUUUAAGACUGGCCAGAUCAACGGUGAUCUCCUCAUCUACCACGUGCUGCUGACCCUGAAGCCCUACUACGCCAAGCCCUAUGAGAUCGUUGUGGACCUGACCCACGCCGGACCCAGCAACCGCUUCAAGACCGACUUCCUGUCCAAGUGGUUCGUGGUGUUCCCGGGCUUCGCCUACGAGAAUGUGGCGGCCAUCUACAUCUACAACUGCAACACGUGGGUGAGGGAGUACACCAAGUAUCACGAGAGGUUGCUGACAGGCCUGAAGGGGAGCAAGAAGCUGCUGUUCAUUGACUCCCCAGCGCGGCUAGCGGAGCACGUGGAGCCUGACCAGCAGAAGCUGCCGGCGGCCACGCUAGCCCUGGAGGAGGACCUCAAGGUGUUCCACAAUGCCCUCAAACUGGCCCACAAGGAUACCAAGGUCUCCAUCAAGGUGGGUUCCACAGCGGUCCAGGUGACGUCAGCAGAGCGGACCCGGGUCCUGGGCCAGUCGGUCUUCCUGAAUGACAUCUACUACGCCUCGGAGAUCGAGGAGAUCUGCCUGGUGGACGAGAACCAGUUCACCCUGACCAUUGCCAACCAGGGCACACCGCUCACCUUCAUGCACCAGGAGUGUGAGGCCAUCGUCCACUCCAUCAUCCACAUCAGGACGCGCUGGGAGCUGUCCCAGCCAGACUCCAUCCCCCAGCACACCAAGAUCAGACCCAAAGACGUGCCAGGCACCCUGCUCAACAUCGCCUUGCUCAACCUGGGCAGCUCUGACCCCAGCCUCAGGUCUGCAGCCUACAACCUGCUGUGUGCCUUAACCUGCACCUUCAACCUGAAGAUAGAAGGCCAGUUGCUGGAGACCUCAGGGUUGUGUAUCCCUGCCAACAACACGCUUUUCAUAGUGUCCAUCAGCAAGACGCUGGCCGCCAACGAACCCCACCUCACCCUGGAGUUCCUGGAGGAGUGCAUUUCUGGCUUCAGCAAAUCCAGUAUUGAGCUGAAGCACCUGUGUCUGGAGUACAUGACCCCCUGGCUGCUCAACCUGGUGAGGUUCUGUAAGCACAACGACGACGCCAAGCGCCAGCGGGUCACUGCCAUCCUGGACAAGCUCAUCACCAUGACCAUCAACGAGAAGCAGAUGUACCCCUCUAUCCAGGCUAAGAUCUGGGGUAGUCUGGGACAGAUAACGGACCUGUUGGACGUGGUGUUGGACAGCUUCAUCAAGACCAGCGCUACAGGAGGCCUGGGAUCCAUCAAGGCUGAGGUGAUGGCUGACACGGCUGUGGCUCUGGCCUCAGGGAACGUCAAGUUGGUGUCCAGCAAGGUGAUCAUCCGCAUGUGUAAGAUCAUCGAUAAGACAUGUCUGUCUCCCACGCCCACCCUGGAGCAGCACCUGAUGUGGGAUGACAUCGCCAUCCUGGCCCGUUACAUGCUCAUGCUGUCCUUCAACAACUCUCUGGACGUGGCCACUCACCUGCCCUACCUGUUCCACGUGGUCACACUACUGGUGGCCACCGGUCCCCUGUCCCUACGAGCCUCCACACACGGCCUGGUCAUCAACAUAAUCCACUCCCUAUGUACCUGCGCCCAGCUCAACUUCAGCGAGGAGACCAAGCAGGUUCUGAGGCUGAGCCUGACAGAGUUCUCCCUGCCUAAGUUCUACCUGCUGUUUGGCAUCAGUAAGGUCAAGUCUGCUGCGGUCAUCGCCUUCCGCUCCAGCUACCGCGACCGCUCCUUCUCCCCCGGGUCCUACGAGAGGGAGACCUUCGCCCUCUCCUCCCUGGAGACCGUCACUGAGGCCCUGCUGGAGAUCAUGGAGGCCUGUAUGAGGGACAUUCCUAACUGUAAGUGGCUGGACCAGUGGACAGAGCUGGCUCAGAGGUUUGCGUUCCAGUACAACCCAUCCCUGCAGCCCAGAGCUCUGGUGGUGUUUGGGUGCAUCAGUAAGAGGGUGACCCACGGCCAGAUCAAACAGAUCAUCAGGAUCCUUAGCAAGGCCAGCCCCCUGCUCAGCAUAGACCGGGGUCUGGAGAGCUGUCUAAAGGGACCUGAUAACUACAACAGCCAGGUGUUAAUAGAAGCCACAGUCAUUGCUCUCACCAAGCUACAGCCGCUCCUCAACAAGGACUCCCCCAUGCACAAGGCUCUGUUCUGGGUGGCCGUGGCUGUGCUCCAGCUGGACGAGGUCAACCUCUACUCUGCCGGCACCGCUCUGCUGGAGCAGAACCUCCACACACUGGACAGCCUCAGGGUCUUCAAUGACAAGAGUCCAGAAGAGGUGUUUAUGGAGAUCAGGAAGCCUCUGGAGUGGCACUGUAAACAGAUGGACCACUUCGUGGGCCUCAACUUCAACUCCAACUUCAACUUUGCACUAGUGGGUCAUCUGUUGAAAGGGUACAGACACCCCUCCCCCAACACAGUGGCGCGGACCAUCCGGAUCCUCCACACACUACUGGCCCUGGUGGGAAAACACCUCAACUGUGACAAGUUUGAGGUGAACACCCAGAGUGUGGCCUACCUGGCAGCUCUCCUCACUGUCUCGGAGGAGGUCCGGAGCCGCUGUAGCCUCAAGCACAGGAAGUCCCUGCUCCUCUCAGACGUUACCAUGGAGAAUGUUCCCAUGGACACGUACUCUGUGCACCACAGCGACCCCAGCUGCCGAACUCUUAGGGAGAGUCAGCCGUGGACGUCCCCCAAGGUGUCGGAGCGCUACUUAGUGGUCCACUACCCCACAGGGGGGCAGAUCAGCCCGCGCACACGGAAGUCCAUGAGCCUGGACAUGGGCCAGCCUUCCCAAGCAAACACUAAGAAACUGCUGGGCACUAGGAAGAGUUUUGAUCACUUGAUAUCAGACACUAAAGCACCAAAGAGGCCAGAGAUGGAGUCUGGAAUCACCACGCCUCCAAAGAUGAGGAGGGUGGCGGAGAAUGAUUAUGAGUGUCCAGAAUCGACCCAAAGAAUCUCCCACCAUACCCUGAGGAAGGUGUCUGUGUCAGAGUCCAACGUGCUGCUGGAUGAGGAGGUCCUCACAGACCCCAAGAUCCAGGCUCUGCUGCUCACUGUCCUGGCUACGUUGGUGAAGAAUACAACAGAUGAGUUUGACCAGAGAAUCCUCUACGAGUUUUUAGCUGAAGCUAGUGUUGUCUUCCCUAAAGUCUUUCCAGUUGUUCAUAACCUGCUGGACUCAAAGAUCAACACCCUCCUAUCACUGUGCCAGGACCCUAACCUCCUAAACCCAAUCCAUGGCAUCGUGCAGAGUAUGGUUUACCACGAGGAGUCACCCCCCCUGUACCAGCCCUCCUACCUGCAGAGCUUUGGGUUUAAUGGUCUGUGGAGAUUCGCUGGGCCCUUCUCAAAGCAAACCCAGUUCCCAGACUACGCUGAGCUGAUAGUGAAGUUCCUGGAUGCUUUGAUUGACACGUAUCUGCCGGGGAUCGACGAGGAGACGAGCGAGGAGUGUCUGCGUACGCCCACGUCGCCCUACCCCCCGCCGGGCCAGAGCCAGCUCAGCAUCACAGCCAACCUCAACCUCUCCAACUCCAUGACCUCACUGGCCACCUCCCAGCACUCCCCAGCUUCUCUGCCUUGCUCUAAGUCCGCCGUUUUCACCCCACACCUCGUCCGGCCAGGUAUUACAGCCCCUCGUCCCCAUGCUGCUCCUCACUCCCAGGCACACGGCACAGCCUCUCAGAGGCAUCGACAAGGAGAACGUGGAGCUCUCUCCGACCACGGGUCACAGCAACAGCGGACGCACACGCCAUGGUUCUGCCAGCCAGGUGCAGAAGCAGCGCAGCGCAGGCAGCUUCAAACGGCCCAGCAUCAAGAAGAUCGUAUGAGAGAUGCCCACCACUAGGACCCCCCCCCCCCCUACCAGGGCCGCCCAUGCCAGUCAUCAUGCUGCACUUCUACUCCAACUCUCCUGUCUUAUCGAUCUUUCUCUUUCUCUCUCUCUCUCUCAGCCUUGAUUUUCCUCCGUUUCCUUCUGUUGUUUUUUUGCGUGUUUCUUUGACCCUAACCCGUCUAGUCAGCCAUAUUUGCUUGACGAUCAACAUAUAUUGAAGAACUGUCUGAAUAUGAUGUUUUGUUUGUGAAGCAGUCAGUGUCUGAGUCUGCCGUUGUUUCAUUUGGUCUUUUUGUGUCACAUAAUGAGCUACAUUGGAAUCCUUUUUUAAAAACAGUAUCAGUUGAAAGAAAGCACUGACAUUGACAACACUGCAGAAACAGUAGGGAUCAUAGUAUCUGAAGCCACUUUGUCUUGCUUCUUUUUUCUUGGUUGAAUUUUCUAUCAUAAUGACAAAGUAUAAUGAGAACCAUUUCUGUGAUUUGCACAACAUUCUGUAAUUCAACAUGCAUGUACAUGUGUUUGUUUUUUGCCUUUAAGUGUUGUUAGUAGAAGGACAUGUUUCUUCAAGCUGAGAGAGCUUUGACAAUGGGGCUGAACUAGAUCAAAAUAUGAGCUGCAAAUGCCUCUCAUUGAGACAUGGACAUGACAAUAGAGAUUGGACCUUGGGACCCAGUGUUGAGGAAAGGGAUCCCUCUCACCCACCAUCACUGCAGAGGGAGAGCACUACCCUGAAACACACACACACACACACACCGUUCUGGAGGAAAUCACUGAAAGCACUAAAACCAUCCUGUAUUUGCAACAUCUGUGAAAAGCAUGGCCAACAACAGACAUUAGUGGUUUACUGUGCUGUGGAGGUGGGGGCUGGAUGAUCAAUAUGCCCUGUUUGAGCUUUGUCAGGCACAAUCCAAUGAUGCCCAAGCCAUGUGUCUUCAUUGGUUAUUGAUUGUCCAAGCUGUGGGGAUUCCUCUUGAUUAGGCAGUAUUUUUUAUUCUCACAUGAUGGAGUGCCAGAGAGGGUCAACUAGACAGGCCACUCUGGUGUUGGAGGACAGCAGUCCUGCAGGUUUCAGAACUUAAGCUUUUAAUCAGCACGCUGUUCACGUUUCACAACACUAUGUCAGGGAAAGUUGGGAAGGAAAAUCUGGAGGAAAAACAGGAAUAGACAAUGUCCUCCUAUGUUGGAAUGGACAUUGGAAAUCCACCUUAGCUUUGAGAUUUGAAAUAUAUAAUAUCUAUAGUGGUAGUCUCAGUUGUAAUUGUCUCAUUCUUGCCCACACUU